UCUAUCAAACACCUGUGACUUCCCACCACCAAACGAUCCCUCUCUCUCUCUCUCUCCCGACAUGAUGUUUCUGUCUUCGUACUCCAAAUGGCUAUCCCAUCUUCUUUGCCACUAGCGACUCAUCCCUUCCUACAGAUUUUUCUCCUUCUCCUUUGGCUCCGUCCCUUCCAAGUACUGUUGCCCCACCCACCACCGUUCUAGAUCGAAGCAGUAGCUUCCCAUCAUAACGCUCGGGGCGGGUUCUUGAGGAGAAAACCCAGUCACCCACCAUGCCGAACUUGGUCGUGGAAGUCCUCGACGCGAGCGAUCUGAAGCCCAAGGACGGGCAAGGCUCGGCGAGCCCGUACGUGGAGGUGGAGGUGGAGGAGGAGCGGCGUAAGACGCUGACCAAGCAGCGGGACCUCAACCCCCAGUGGAACGAGAAGCUGGUCUUCAGCAUCGGCGACCCGAGGAGCCUUCACAGCAAGACGAUCCACGUCGUGGUGUACAACGACACCAGAGGAGGAGGCCCCCACAAGCAGUUCCUCGGCCGGGUAAAGAUCUCCGGCGCUUCCGUCCCUCUGUCCGAAUCGGAGGCCUCGGUCCAGAGAUACCCGCUCGACAAGCGCGGCCUGUUUUCGCACAUCAGCGGCGAUAUCUCGCUUCGGAUUUAUGUCACCCACGACGACGGUUUUGGCAUGUCGCCCCCGAACGUCGGUCCUGACGAUGGUGUCGGUGCUGCGGAGACGCCUCUGAAAGAUGCCGAUUUUAGAGAUGCCAAGCAUGGUAGCGACCACGUCGGCGUCGACCACCAUCAUCAUGCCGAUUUCGAUGAGAAGAAGAACAAGAAAAAGCAUAAGGACCCGGAAGUGAGGACUUUCCGCUCCAUCGGAGCUUCGGCGCCGACCGGCGCUCCCCCGGUGACGAGUUUCUUCUCGGGCCCCGGGAGCGGAGCCAAUUUCAUGAAGGAGAAGGCGCCGGCCGCCGAGACCAGGGCCGACUUCGCCCGCGCGGGCCCAGCUGCCGUAAUGCAAAUGCGGAUGCCGGGGGGCCCGAACCCGGAAUUCGCCUUGCAGGAGACUCGGCCGCCGGUGGCGGCGCACUUGCGGUAUCGGGGAGGGGAUAAGACCUCAAGCACUUAUGAUCUCGUGGAGCAGAUGCAUUAUCUGUACGUGAACGUGGUCAAGGCCAGAGAUCUUCCUAUCAUGGAUGUUAACGGGAGCCUGGAUCCCUAUGUGGAAGUGAAGGUUGGGAACUACAAAGGAGUCACCAAACACCUGGAGAAGAACCAGAACCCAGUGUGGCGGCAGAUAUUCGCGUUCGCGAAGGAGCGGCUGCAAUCGAAUUUCCUGGAGGUGAACGUGAAGGACAAGGAUACAUUUUCCAAGGACGAUUUCGUGGGGAGAGUCGUCCUGGACAUUUCUGAGGUGCCGACUCGAGUUCCUCCGGACAGCCCUCUGGCUCCUCAGUGGUAUAGGUUGGAGAACAAGAAAGGAGAGAAAUUCAGGGGAGAGAUCAUGAUCGCCGUGUGGAUUGGGACGCAGGCCGACGAGUCAUUCCCCGAGGCCUGGCAUUCCGAUGCGCACAACAUUAGCCACACUAACUUGCAAAAUACUCGAUCCAAGGUCUAUUUCUCGCCGAAGCUCUAUUACCUUCGAGUUCACGUCAUCGAAGCUCAGGAUCUUAUUCCCACCGAGGGCGGUCGACUGGUCGACACAUACGUCAAGGUUCAGCUAGGGAACCAGGGAAGGGUAACCAGGUCUUCCCAAGUGAAGACCGUGAAUCCCGUGUGGCAAGAUGAGCUAAUGUUCGUGGCGUCUGAGCCGUUCGACGAAUAUAUAAUCGUGUCGGUCGAAGAGCGGGCAGGGCCUGGGAGGGAUGAGACGUUAGGGAGGUUGAUAUUCCCGGUUAGGGACGUUCCGCACCGAAGUGAAACCGGCAAGAUGAUGGAUGCUCGGUGGUUUAACCUCCACAAGCCAUCUAUCAUCGAGGAAGGAGAGAAGAAGAAGGAACAUAAGUUCUCUAGCAAGAUUUGCAUCCGGUUUUGCCUGGAAUGGGGGUAUCAUGUUCUCGACGAGGCCACGCAUUUCAGCAGCGAUCUUCAACCGUCGGCGAAGGUGCUAAGGAAACAGAGCAUUGGAAUUCUCGAGCUCGGGAUUCUGAGCGCUCGGAAUUUGCUUCCCAUGAAGGCGCACGAAGGCCGAGCUACCGAUGCCUACUGUGUAGCCAAGUACGGGAACAAAUGGGUCAGGACCAGGACCCUGCUGGACACCCUGCAUUCUCGGUGGAACGAGCAGUACACCUGGGAAGUUUACGACUUGUGCACCGUGAUCACGAUCGGAGUUUUCGACAACUGCCACAUCAAUGGAAAAGACGACGCUAGAGAUAAGCGAAUCGGGAAAGUGCGAGUUCGCCUUUCCACUUUAGAAGCCGAUCGAGUGUACACUCACUACUAUCCCCUCCUCGUCCUCCAUCCCUCCUCCGGCCUGAAGAAGCACGGCGAGCUCCAUUUGGCGCUACGGUUUACUUGCACGGCGUGGGUUAACACGAUGGCUCAAUAUGGCAGGCCUUUGCUUCCCAAAAUGCACUACAUCCAACCCAUACCGGUUCGGUACAUUGAUUGGCUCCGGCACCAAGCCAUGCAGAUCGUGGCGGCCCGGCUGGCCCGGGCCGAGCCGCCGCUCAGGCCAGAAGUCGUGGAAUACAUGUUAGAUGUGGAUGCCCACAUGUUCAGCCUGAGGAGGAGCAAAGCCAAUUUCGGCCGGAUCAUGUCCCUGUUUUCGGGUGUCGCCGCCGUUUUCAAAUGGUUCGACAACAUUUGCCACUGGAGGAACCCUAUCACCACCUGUCUCGUUCACAUACUGUUCUUUAUACUCGUUUGCUACCCGGAGUUGAUCUUGCCGACGGUUUUCCUGUACCUUUUCGUGAUUGGCCUUUGGAAUUACCGACUCAGGACGAGGCUUCCACCUCAUAUGGAUGCCCGGCUGUCGUACGCGGAGGGUGUCCAUCCGGACGAGCUCGACGAGGAAUUCGACACAUUCCCCACAACCAGGCAAUCGGAUGUCGUGCGGCUGAGGUAUGAUCGGCUGCGGAGCGUAGCAGGCAGGGUCCAGACCGUGAUCGGGGAUAUAGCCACACAAGGCGAGCGGAUUCAGUCGAUAUUGAAUUGGCGGGACCCCAGGGCCACCUCGAUCUUCAUCAUGUUCUCAUUGAUAUGGGCAGUCAUCAUUUAUGUCACUCCGCUCCAGAUUAUUAUCGUGCUCAUCGGGCUCUACCUGCUGCGGCAUCCGCGGUUCCGGGGCAAGCAGCCUCCCGUACCGGUCAAUUUCUUCAAGAGAUUGCCGUCCAAGUCGGACAUGCUACUAUAAGGUAGAGUUCCUAUUUAUACAAAUUAACUACAUAUGAGUCUUGUCCUAUUGAUUCAAUAUUUACAUAUAAGACCAUGAUUUGCCAAUAAACCUGAAGAUGUGGUAUACUAGAGCAAUAAAAUGCCAGCAGCUUGCUGUCUCAAGUCCAUCGUCGCUCGGAUGAAAUCUCGCUUUCUGAUAGUACCUGCAUUCUUUCUGUUUCUUUGGAUAAAGGACAGGGCAGCUCUUGUUCAAUUUCGAUGCUUUAUGGCCUUUGUUGCUCACCAAUAGUGAUUGCUGCAGAAAACUUUAGUCUGUAGCGUGUAUCCUAUAGUUUUCUUUGGAAGAUAAAAGAUAUUGAAUGAAUUAGGUGUCACAUAUUCAAUUCCUGAUGUAUUUUAUCGAAUACCCCCUAUAUUUCAAGAAUGAUCAUUUCGA